AUGGGCUCUGGCAUGUGGGGCAUGUUCAGCCGGCGAAUGGAUAGUGGUUGGUCGGGUCAUAGCGGGGAGUCUGGGAGGAGAGCAGGUGGGUCGGGGAGGCGGGCCGGGAGAGGGGGAGGCAGAGAGGAGGAGCAGGUGGAAGGGGAAUUGGAAGAGGAGGAGGAGAAGGAAGUGUGGAUCCUGGUAUCGGUGAAGGACACGGGGAUUGGCAUCAGUGCGGAGAAGCAGGGGGAGAUUUUCCACAACUUCGUGCAGGCAGACACAUCGUACACGCGCGACUAUGGGGGAAUAGGGCUCGGGCUCAGCAUCGUGCAGAGUCUGGUGCACAUGAUGGGCGGGGAGGUGUGGGUGGAGAGCGACCUGGGCAAGGGCUCAACAUUCUUCUUCACAGCCCGCCUCGAAACCGCCCCUCCCGGCACCACCACUCCCGCACACCCCCCCCAGGCCUUCGACUCGUCAGCUCCUCCUUCCCUCGCCGCCUCCUCCUCUCUCUAUGCCGUUUCUUCUGAACUUCCCCCGGGGUUUCCCCUCGCUGGAUACGGGGCCGAGAUCGCUCGGUUCGACUCCUCCGUGAGCAUGUCAGAUCACGGAGCUUACAACGAGUAUGUUUUGCUACAAGCAGGAGCCUCGGCGGAACACACGCCUGCUCGGUCGGUGUAUGCUUCAGCCCGUGUUCUAGUGCCUGGUAGUGGAGUUGUUUUGGCAGUGAAGUCAGGAGAAGAAGGGGGAUCAAACAGGAAAGCUGAAGCAAGGGCUGGAGCAGAGGCAGCUGAGGCAAGAGAAACUGCAGAAGUAACUGUGACCAUGGCAGCUUCAGGUGCAACAGCAGGCGUAACAGAAGGUGCUGCAGCAAUUGGAGGAAGAGCAGAGGAGCUGGCAGAAGCAGAGGGCAGAAGCACGCCCACACUCUCAGACACUUCUUCGAUCGAUGGGAAUAUCCCUCCCUCCCCAGCAGCAGUGGCAAGAGGCAAGUCAGUGGCGGCACGGUCAGCAGCAGCGCAAGCGUUCUCACGGGAUGUGAGCCUCUCAGGGGGAUUGCAGGAUCCCCUGGCUCCUACUGUCAACGUCGCUUCUGCUUCUUCUCCUGCUGCUGCCUCUGCUGCUGCUGGUGCUGCUGCUGCUGCUGGUGCUGCUGCUGCUGCUGGUGCUGCUGCUGGUGGUGGUGCUGCUGGUGGUGGUGCUGCUGCUGGUGCUGCUGCUGCUGGUGGUGCUGCUGCUGGUGGUGCUGCUGCUGCUGGUGGUGCUGCUGCUGGUGGUGCUGCUGCUGCUGGUGGUGCUGCUGCUGGUGGUGGUGGUGGUGCUGCUGCUGCUGCUGCUGCUGGGAGUGUUGGGGCUGGAGCUUCUUUUAACACCGCUGCUUCUGCUUCUGCUGCUGCACCACCUUACAGCCUCAUUGAUGCUGCACCUGCCAAUCCAGCAGGCAUGGCGGUAGGCUUGGGAGCAAUGCCAGGCACGUCUUGGGAUGACUCCAGAGCAGCGGCUUCAGCCCUCCGAACCUCAGCCCCAGAGGACAACAUGGUCAACCAGCGCGUGGCCAAGCAUGCUCUCACCAAGGUGGGCGCGUCCGUGGAGAUUGCUGGCAACGGACAGCUGGCGCUCACUGCCGUUGAAGAGCGGGUGGCGUCGUUCGACGUCAUUCUGAUGGAUAUUCAGAUGCCUGUCAUGGAUGGCUUGGAGGCAACAAAAAGAAUACGGCAAUUUGAAUCGGGUAAUGCUGGCAAUAUAAGGUCCCCACAAGCAAGAGGGAUUCCUAUUUUGGGAUUGACAGCACAUGCCAUGGCAGGGCGAGUUGAGCAUGGUGCGUUUGUGCUGGGACAGCCGUACAGCGACAUUGCCAAGCAGUAUGAGGUGCGGCGCCACGAGGUGGUGGCCAUGGGCGGGUUAAGUGUCGUGCGCGUGUGCUGUGAGGUGGAGACAGGGGUCAUGCUCGCCUGCAAGACGAUGGAGAAGGACUCCAUUCACGUGAGUGGGGCACUACAGGGGGAUGGGAGAGGGUGGCUAGAGGGAUGUCAAGGACGUGUCAAGUCAGCGGAGGAGGCGCGGGAUUUGAGGAGGGAGGUGGAGAUGAUGGAGCGCGUGGCGGGGCACUGCAAUGUCGUGCGCCUGCACGCCGUCUUUGAGGACCAUGAGAAUAUUCAUCUGGUGAUGGAGCUUUGUCACGGGGGAGGCCUCUUUGACUACAUGCGCACCCAUGGCCCACUCACCGAGCGGGCGGCGGCGUCUGUCUGUUUCCAGCUGCUGUCAGCGCUGGAUCACUGCCACGCGUGCGGCGUGCUGCACCGCGAUGUGAAGCCGGAGAAUGUGCUUCUAGCGAGGGCUGAGAGUGACUUUGGCAGCAUUAAGCUCAUCGAUUUUGGAAUUGCCGCUGAGCAUCAACCAGGCGUGCGCAGCAGCACCCUCUGUGGCACGCCUCUCUAUCUCGCGCCAGAAACCCUUGAUGGAGUCUGGUCUCCACAGGCUGACGUGUGGGCGGCUGGCGUUGUCUCAUAUGCAGCACUGUGUGGCGUGCCGCCCUUUUGGGCAGAAACCAAUGAGGGGAUUUUCCGAGCCAUCCGCUCGGAACCUCUGCGGUUUGCCUCAGCAGCCUGGGUCGGCGUGUCCGAAGCUGCCAAGGACCUGGUUCGGGCAAUGCUGGAUAAGAACCCGCACCGGCGAAUCACAGCACAGCAAGCUCUUGGACAUAGAUGGUUCCAAGAGGUGUAG